UGAAGGAGUGCAUAUGUUCUUGAGCACUACUCUCCUCUCCUUGCUCCUUUUAUCAACCAUGACUUCAUUGCUGGGCACAGCCCUGCUGGCUUUAGCCCUAUCAGGGCCCACAUUGGCCUUUCUACACAUCAGGAGUGAAUCCAGUCAUACCAGCAUUACAGGAUCGGCUCUGUUGCAAAAAGUGACAGACACAUGUCGGGCUGUGGCAAAGGCAGAUGGUCAUGAGUUUAAACCCACGGGUUCAUCUCCUGAGGAACUGGUCCAGGCCUGUCUCGGCCCCACGGCCACAGGAGAAGUCUCUGGGGCCAAGUUUCACUCUGCUCUUCGACAAAUCUACUCACAGAACGGACUGGUAGACCGUGACUUUGUCAACAGUGCGCGACACCACUUCAAUUCAGAAGCCUUUUUGGAAGGACGUGGCCUUAUCUUGGAGGGCAUGGCAGCCAUUAAAGCUAACAUUCACGAGAAUAACUUCCAAGCUGCCAGGGAAACACUGGGCAGAAUCCUUCAUACACUACAGGACUUCUAUGCCCAUAGUAACUGGGUGGAGCUGGGAUACACAGACCCAUACAUCAACCUAAUACGUCCAGACCAUCAACUGGAAAACCUGGCAGAUGUCACCACUGCCACCUGCAGUGACUGUGCCAGUGGGUCAUGCCCCAAUCCCAUCCUCUCUGACAUCCUGAAGAAGAAGAAACUCACAUCAGGCUACAUAGGAAUCUUCUCCUCCUUCAAGCCUCAAGGUAAAUGCAGCCAUGGAGGUGCAGCUGACCUGACUAGCACAGCAGUUCCUCGUGGAGGCAUCAGCAAAGAUGAGCGUCGUGCAGACAACGUAGCCUUCCACAAUGCUGCAGUGACUCUGGCCACAGCCGCCAGCCUGCAGCUGCUGGAGGACAUCCGGUCAGCUGCCGGGGACAGAGACUUUCUGAGAAUGAUGGGGAUUGCUCGCUCCUCUGUCGUGUGCUUUGUUAUUGACACCACUGGCAGUAUGUCAGAUGACAUCGAUGAAGCCAGGGCUGUUGUUUACGAACUAAUUGACAGCAAAAAAGGAACACAGGAUGAGCCGUCGGAGUACAUUCUGGUGCCUUUCAAUGACCCCGAUUUUGGACCUGUGAUCAGAACAACAGACCCUGAUGUGAUGAAAAGAGAAAUCUCUAAGCUCGAAGCCAGCGGAGGUGGUGAUGUCCCUGAGAUGUGUCUGUCAGGACUUCAUUUGGCGCUCACACAUGCCCCUUCCUCCUCUCAUAUUUACGUUUUCACCGAUGCUACAGCCAAAGACAUCGACCUCAAGGACACUAUUAAUGCGCUCACCAGAACCACCAAGUCAACUGUGAUGUUUUUCGGGACGUUCAUUGGUGUAAGGCGCCGUCGUUCUCUCAGAGCUGCUAGCUUUGAAGACUACAAGGACCUGGCUUUGGCCUCUGGAGGCCAGGCCAUCCAAGUGUCCAAGGAACAGCUGCCUCAGGCCACAGAUAUCAUCCUUGACACAUCCACUUCAGCUCUGGUGACAGUUCUUCAGCGAGCAAGGAGCCCUGGGAAGCAGGAGACCUUUUCCUUUGUAAUAGAUGAAUCUCUGAAAAAUAUCACUGUCUACAUCACAGGAAAAUCCAUUACUUUCACACUGACCAACCCUGCAGGUGUGAGCCAGAGCCAAAACGAGGCCAGUGGUAAAUUGGGGACCUUACAGACAGUGGGCAACCUGUGGAGAAUUCGUCUCUAUGCAGCCAAGCAGACAGGAACCUGGAACAUAAAUAUAAACUCCAAAGAACCAUACACACUUAAAAUCACAGGCCAAAGUACCAUCACCUUUAUCUAUGACUUUGUGGAAAGCUUCAAGGGACCUCACCCAGGUUACGCAGUCCUCAGUGGGCAUCCGCAAGCAGGCCAGCCAGCCACCUUGAUGCUCUCAGUAAUGGGCAGGAAAGGUCCAUCCUCGCUGACUAUUGGAGAGGUCGGUCUGGUAACGGUUUCUAGCCCUGAGACUGUUAGCAAUAGCACAACCACUGACAUGGGCAAUGGAGACAUCCUGGUGACAGUCGAUGCAGUCCCUGAGGGGGAGUUUGUUGUCAUUCUUAGUGGAACUGACAAACUGUCAAACAGUGAAUUUCAGAGGCAGUCUACCACCCAGAUGUCAGUCUCUAAAGUGAAUAUACAGGUUGUGGUAGACAACAGUAUGGAGCCAGGCAAAGCUUUCAUGCUCCCCUUCAGUGUCAUGACCCAGGGCUCUGGUGGCAAAUACUCCAUUGGGGCCAAAAAUAACAGAAACUUUGAAAUGUCCUUCCCGAACAGCCUCACCUUGAUACCUGAACAAUAUGUAAAUGCCACUUUGACCAUUACGCCACCUGCCAACACACCAUCGGGCACUGAUGUCACUCUGACUAUUGAAGCCAAGUCGUCCAAUGGUCUAGACUCCAAUUAUGCUGUUUUGAGACUGUCCGUUCUUACCAAGAUUACAGAUUUUGUUCCUCCUUUGUGUGAAGUGGUUAGUGUGCAGGCUGCUGAUUGUCCUCACAAUGUGUCCCAGUGUGGACCUUUCAAGUGGGAGCUUUGGGCCAAACUUACUGAUGGAAACGGCACCGGGAUAGAAACUGUUUCCCUGCGUCAGGGCAAUGGAAGCUUGACAUACACCUCCCUGAGUGCUCCUGUCAUUCAGGCAAACUACACAGCUUCCUGCUGCUCGCAGAUUGUUGAGUUGGUAGCUGUGGAUAAAGUUGGCAAUGUGGGCAAGUUCUAUCAUUCCAUUGUCCAGAUUCCAGAUUCUGUUCCACCUUUGUGUGAAGUAGUUAGUGUGCAGGCUGCUGAUUGUCCUCAAGAUGUGUCCCAGUGUGGACCUUUCAAGUGGGAGCUUUGGGCCAAACUUACUGAUGGAAACGGCACCGGGAUAGAGACUGUUUCCCUGCGUCAGGGCAAUGGAAGCUUGACAUACACCUCCCUGAGUGCUCCUGUCAUUCAGGCGAACUACACAGCCUCCUGCUGCUCGCAGAUUGUUGAGUUGGUAGCUGCAGAUAAAGCUGGCAAUGUGGGCAAGUGUUAUCAUUCCAUUGAACGCUCUGCUGGCCCUCCAGCUUUAACCCUGUCACCACCACUGUGGUUGUGCCUGCUGGUAUCUGCCUUCAUAACAAGGUUUUAAGGGGCCUCAGUUUGGUUAUCCAGAUAUAGUGCGUCAAUAAAAUGUGGGCAUAAGUAAUGAAUAAGUAAU